CCAGUCCCGAUGAGCGCGAUUCCCCUAACGGUCGGCGCCUCCGCCGCCGUCGCGCCGCUCGCGCGCGCGCGCGUGGCGUCCCCGCGCGCGGCGAUGAUCCGCGCGUCGCUCCCCGACCGGCUGUCCUCGACCGGCCGCGUCGCCACGUCGGGCGGAAGGAUCUCACGAAUCGCGUCGUCGCCGAGGGGACGAUCGUCGCGCGCUGGGAAGGACGACCUUCCGGGCCCCUUGGACGGCCUCGCCGACGGCCCGGACCUCACCGCGGUCAGGGCGGCGGUCAACAACGGCGACGGCGAGGAGGUCGACGUCCUCGAGGUUGAGAACGUCCCGCCGAUGCAGUUCCUCGCCUCGUCGUGCGCCUUUUACGCUCUCAUGGGCGUCGGUUCGCAGGUGGCGGCGUCGUACCUCGGCGUCCACCCGGACAUCCUCGACGCCAUGCGCGACGUCAACAUCGAUCAGGGCUCCCUGUGGUCCCUCCCCCUGCUCGCGUCCCUCGCGUUCGCCAUCACCCAGGCGGACCGUUUCGAGUUUUUGGGCGAGGUUCGGGACAUCUUCAAGGUUGGCGUGCUGCCGUCGCUCGCGCCGCUCGGGCUACCGGGGGUGAUGGCGCUGUCCCUGGGCGCCGGGGUCGGGGAGGAGGCGUUCUUCCGGGGGUUCCUGAUGCCCUUCGCGGACGGGCAGCUCGCACAGGUCGGGGUUCCGGAGCAGCUCGCGUCCACGGCCGUGCUCGCCGCGACGUCGGUCUUCUUCGGAGCGCUGCACGCCAUCACGCCCGCGUAUUUUUACUGGGCCACCGGCGCGGGCUUCCUCUUCGGGUUGGAGUACCUGAACGAGGGUUUGGGAACGGCGGCGUUCACGCACACGAUGUACGAUUUCUUGGCGUUCGGGUUCAUACUGAUCGCGUGGCCCAUCGAGGGGUACGAGAAGGAGGCGCCCUUCUCCUCCAAAUGAGUUGAUUUUUUAAAAG